AUGGAAGAAGAAGCACGCAAAUAUCUCUUUGAUCAAACCAAAAAAGUGUCAUUACCACAUUACACGACUUGGUUCAGCAUGGAAACAAUCCACGACAUUGAACGCGUUUCAUUGCCUGAAUUUUUCACAGGACGCAACAAAUCGAAAUCACCCAGCAUUUAUCAAGAUUAUCGCGACUUCAUGAUUAGCACAUACCGGCUGAAUCCUACGGAAUAUCUUGCAGUGACAGCGUGUCGACGAAAUUUAGCGGGUGAUGUAUGUGCUAUUAUGCGCGUACAUGCCUUUUUAGAACAGUGGGGACUGAUCAACAAUCAGUGUGAUCCAUCCACUUUGCCAUCUACAGUGGGCCCACCUUUUACGGGUCAUUUUCGACUCACCGCGGAUACGCCCCGUGGCCUUCAACCGUUCCGACCGAGCAUCAAGGCGAAAAUGGCAGCACCUCAAUCUCAACCUUCCUCCUCAUCACCAUCAGCAUCUUCAUCAUCCAACAACAACAACGACACCGCCAACAACAACAGAAAGAACAAUGAGCUCAACAUGAACUUACAGUUGCGACAACAAUUGUUUGAGAGCACCCAAGAGCAAGCCCAUGCUGCAAGCACCAAACCUUAUUACUGCACGACCUGCGGCACGGAUUGCACGCGCGAACGAUACCACAGCCUAAAGACCAAAAACAUGGAUCUGUGUGCCACCUGUUACAAGGAAGCCCGUUUCCCAUCCACCGUCAUGAGCAGUGACUUUGUGAAAUACGAGCCGGGCCGAUACGAGCAUGCUGAGGACGAAUGGGCGGAUGAGGAGACAUUGUUGUUGCUGGAAGCCAUUGAAAUAUUCGAUGAUGAUUGGAAUGCCAUUGCCGAACAUGUCGGAAGCCGUACCCGUGAGCAGUGUAUCAUGCAUUUCUUGCAACUGCCUAUCGAAGAACCCUAUGUGUCUUCCAUCCCAUCGUCUCGCACGCUCGAACACAAACGCACGCCGUUCUCACAGGCUGAUAAUCCAGUCAUGUCGAUUCUGGCGUACUUGUCAUCGGCAGUGGAUCCAGAUCUAGCUGCUGUUGCUGCAGAAGCUGCCAUUGAAUUCCAAGAAACGGGCAAACGCAAAAAACUGUCCUCCGAAGAAGAUGACGAUGAAGGAAACGAAAAUGGAGAAAACGAUAGUACCAAACCCAACAAAAAGCCACGUAAUACGGUUGAAAAGGCAGCAGCGGUGGCAUUAGGCUCUGCGGCAGCCAAGGCAAAAUCGUUGGCAGGUAUUGAGGAACGCGAAAUUCGACGACUGGUUCACUCUGUGAUUGAUUUCGAGGUCAAGAAGCUCGACGUUAAGAUGAGUCAUUUCGACGAAUUGGAGGCCGUUCUGGAAAACGAUCUUGAACACAUUGCGCAGUUGCGUCAGGAAGUGUUUAUGCAACGGUUCGCAGUCAAGAAAGCCACCAAGAUGGUCCAGAAUGAAGUCGAUAGUUCUUCUGCACCGAUCGAUCGAGAGAGGUCUUUUGUCACUGUGUAA